AGGGUAGGGUCGGGUAGGCUGAGUAAACUACAGCUUGGGUAACUCGGUUAACUACAGAGUUUUAUACCCGUCAUCAACGUUUUGCUAACUUCAUACGAAUUAGUAAAGCGCCAGUCUUAAAGUUUAUAUAGUUAGCUGGCUAACUAGUUAACUAACUCGUCAAAAAAUCUAGCUAGCAAAUAAUCUAGUAGUUAAUAUUUCGUGAGGGGAAUAUUCAGUACUUUGCGAAAUCUUUGUAAGAGAAUAAUGAUGAUAAAGAUGUUUAGUCUCGGUGUGAACAUAAUCGGCGCCAACAGUCAACUGUGAGAUGUCUGAAGAGACAGCUGAAGACGUGCUGAGCGGCAUUGAUCCUUUACCCGCGUCCACCCCUCCUUCACCGUCUCUUGCUCCACGUCCUCCUGCUGUUCUUCCUCUUGGCUCUGCCUCCUUGCCCUCGCUAACACGCUCCUGGCCAUCCUCCCCUCUCUCAGCCUCUCGGCAGGUCACUGCCCACCUCUACUCCUCACUCCAGCGCAGCAAAGAGCAGGAGGUCAAAGGUUAUUCUGCGAUCUCUGCUAAAGCCAGGCAGGUAUCCUUUAAGCUCUCCUCUCCUGAACUCUGUUCGGUUGUUAUGCCAACAGCCACCCGCUCUCUGAGCUCUGAUAGGCUGAAUGAGUCACAAGAGGCGGAUUUUAGUCUGGAUGCCUUUUCCUCCCACGGCAUAGUGGGAGUGCAGGAGGCAGGGUCAGAGGCGGAGCUAAUGACAGAAGACAUGGACGUGAACUUGCAAAGCAGUGUGAGCAACAGCGCUAAACUCUCGCAGGGAAGGUGGCACAUUGACGAGAUGCAGAAUGUGAGGAGUCAUUUACAGACAAUGAUGAACACAGCAGCAAGAAUCACUGAGGAGACAGAUGAGCUCUUGGAGCCAGUAUACCAGCAUUCUCAGGACGACUCGCAUGAGAGUGACAACACAUCACACCUGCUCAGUGCGUCUGUCUCUCUGGGAGGAAUAGAGGACUUGUUUCCACGGUAUUCCCGUCUCCGUGCUGAUGUUAGUCCCGCCUCCCUUCACUCCCUCUCAGAGCUGCAGGUGACCAGAGAAAGUCUGGAGAGAGAGAGGGCCAGACGGAAGCACGCGGAGCAGCAGGUGCUGGCUCUCCAGAAUAAAGCUUUAACCUUACAGCAGCAGCUCAACCUGGCUGUGUCGGCCGACCGCAAGAAGGACAUCAUGAUCGAGCAGCUGGACAAGACGCUGGAGAAGGUGGUGGAGGGAUGGAGGAAACAUGAGAAGGAGAAGAGUGAGGGAGUCAGACGACUGCAGGAGGAGAAGGAGACUGCAGAGAGGGCCCUGGCGUGCUUUGAGAAGAGUCUGUCAGACGCAGCAGAAACUCUGGACAAAGAACAAAAACACAACGAAGAGCUACAAAAUACCAACAGUCAGCUGGAGAGGGAGCUGGCUGAGCUGCGUGUGUGUGUGGAGGAACUCCAGCAUCAGCGCCAGCAGCUACGCAGUGAGACUGAGAAACAGAGGACUGAAGUGGGGACGCUCCAAAUCCACACCCAGGCUUUACAGGGCCAGCUUGAGCAGGCCACACACACACACACACACCUGCAACAGGAUAUCUCACUACUGACACAGCAGCUAGAGAGAGAGAGGGAGCGAGUGGGCCAGGAGGUGCAGCUGCGUGAGGAAGGCCAGUCUAGACUUCAACAGUUACAACAGGACCUGGAUGAGACCAGGAGAGAGAGAGACACAGCCAGGGUGGAUCGAGCCUUGGACCAGGCCCGUUUUGAAGCGCAGUGCUCUCAGAGGGAGGUGGAGCUCAGACUGUCUGUAGAGCAGCAGGUCACAGAGAGACUCGCACACAUUCAACAGGAAAACAGCACAGCAACAGCCAAGAUACGGGAACAGCACAGGAAGCAGUUGUUGGACCUGAGAGAACAUCAUGAGCGUGAACUAUCAACGCAGGUGGAGGAAUUCAGAGCACAAUUACAGGAGAGAGAGGAGAGACUACACCAGCUCACCCUGCACUGCGAUCACAAGAUUGCGGAAAUGCAAGAGCAAUUGGUUUCCAUGGAAACCAGUAAGAGAAGGCUGGAGAUGCAGAGGGAAGAGUUGGUGUCCCGCCUACAGGGAAUGAUGCGCACCCAUUGGACAGAGGCUCUGAGGUUGCUGACCAAUCCAGAGCAGGCUGUAGAGACACCCCCCUCCCUGUCCCUGUAUGGUACAAUAAGAUGUCCCUCCCUCCCUGAGGCUGAAGACACCAGCAGUUCUGGGACAGUAACCACAGUCACUCCAGCUGCUCCCCAGGCUGUGGUUUUGCACAUGUGCAGAGACAGACAGCAUGGGGCAGUGGGGCAGACAGACAGGAGGCCUGACGCACACACAGGAGACUCUGACUUUGGCCUCUUAAAUCACAGUCAUUCAUUCAGUCCCCUGGAGCCUGUGCUGGAUGACACUAAUCUCACAGCUCUAGGCGUUGGUGAUUUAAGCUCUCUCUGGGACAAGCCUCUGGAAGUAGUAAAACAGCCCCUGGAGAGAGAGAAAGAAGGAGAGAUUACGCCUACCAGAGUGAGAGUAUGUGCUGAGACGCUGAACCCGAUCCCAAGUCAUCAUAGGCAGGAUUCAUAUUCUCAUGUGAACCAGAUCGGGAGUCAUGUGGAACAGACACGUGUGAACAGACAUAUGAAUCAGAAUCCAAUUCCUGCUUUCAAUGUGAACCACAUGCACUCGAAAAAUCAGAGCAGUAGCUUAGAGAAGGGGGUGGGAAAAUAUGACAUAUCUGUAGAGAAGCACAGCACUACUGGAGAACAAGCUCCGCCCAUAAAAGAUCAGUCCCUAUCAAUCAAAGAAAGGACCCUCCCUGCUAUGAUGAGUCUCCCAGCUCUACAUGAAGACAGACAGAGUGAGCUCCAGUAUUACAUAUCAAAGCUGUUGGAUCGUUCUCCUGGAGAGCCUCUGAAGGACCAGUCUACACAUGAGAGCAAUCCAGACCUUCACAUGCUCAGUCCAGGUGUGGCUUAUGAGUGUGUACCCAGUGUGCCGGGGGAGUUGACGUCACUCCCCACACACCAUCAAGCUCGCUCUGACACCGUGAGCACUGGUUCCCCCCUCGGUUGUCCAAGAGACCCUCAGUUGGAGCAGCUCACUAACCUCCUCCGCCUGGCCUUGCCUUCUGCCACCACCACCCACACCACUCAGCAACUACAGCACCUCCUCUCUGGCCUCCUCAGGUCAGGGGAACCCUGCUCUGAUACGGUCCACCUGGAUCACAAACAAAUGCAGCAUGAAAAAAAAGAGUGUCAGGCUCCGCCGCGUCCCACACAAAGCACAACCUCACGAAGGCAACGCAGUGGACCCCAAGGUCAGCGGCCAGGGUCAAAGGUCAACGUGUGGAGAUGAGGGGAUGGGUGGUGUGUAUGUACAGCAUGCAUACUGAAUGUACUUUUUAAAGGCUUCUGAAGACUUGUUUACCCCUAAUGUAUUACAUUAGAUUUUUUAAAAAUAAAUAAAAUAAAUCCACUUUGUCUUAA